GGAUUAUGGGAGGCGUUUCUAAAGGCCGCCGGAGCCGCAAAUCGAGAAAACCGGGUGAAGAGGGGUGGGCUAGCCAGACUGGAUCCCAAGCCUGUUCCCCGAGCCCACGGCAGGAUGCAGUACCGCGCUUCCGUUGGCCCAGCGAUGCUGAGUGUGCAUCCUCUACCCACAGCCCAGCCAUGUCCGACUACAAACUGCCCAUGGGCCUGUGCCCAGACAUGUGUCCGGCUGCGGAGCGCGCCCGACGCGAACGCGAGCGCCGCCUGCACCGACUGGAGGUUGAGCCAGGCGGCUGUGGGAAUGCUCCCCGAGCCGACCCGAGGCGCACAGUGAAGGAGUACAGCCGUCCGGCAGCGGGCAAACCCCGGCCCCCGCCAAGCUUGCUGCGGCCGCCCCCAGUGCUCCUGGCCACCGUGCGCUACUUGGCGGGUGAGGUGGCCGACCGCACCGACGUGUCGUGCGCGGAGGUGGCGAGCUUCGUGGCCGACCGCCUGCGGGCGGUGCGGUUGGAUCUGUCGCUGCAGGGCGUGGACGACGCGGAAGCGGCGGCGGUGCUGGAGCCCGCGCUGGCCACGCUGCUGGUCGUGGUGGCGCGGAUGCGGCCUGAAGAGACGCGCGGAGUGGCGGACCCUGUGCUGCUUCAGACUCAAGUGCAAGAAGGCUUCGGUUCGCUGCGGCGCUGCUACGCGCGGGGCAAGGCCCCGCACCCCCGCCAGGCUGCCUUUCAGGGCCUCUUUCUGCUCUACAACUUGGGUUCCGUGGAAGCCCUGCAGGAGGUUCUGCAGCUGCCUGCCGCCCUGCGUGCCUGCCCACCCCUUCAGACUGCCUUGGCUGUUGACUCUGCCUUCCGUGAAGACAACUAUGCCCGACUGUUUCGUCUGCUUCGGACCCUGCCCUACCUACAGAGCUGCGCGGUGCAGGAACACAUUGGCUAUGCCCGCCGAAAAGCCCUGUCCCGCCUGUCCCGUGCCCUGAGCACGCCCAGAGGACAAACCCUGCCUUUGGACUUCAUAGUACACCUUCUGGCCCUGGAUGGGCUCCAGGAAGCGCAGGACCUGUGCCAGGCCCACGGACUGACCUUGGAUAAAGAUAGAGUUAUAUUCCUGAGGGGUCAGUACUCUGAGGAAGGACUCCCAUCCCCUGGUACCUGCCACUUACUAGUGGGAAGCAAGCUGCAGGGACACACCCUGGAGGAAGUGGUCAUGGCAGAGGAAGAGAAGGACAUUCACAGACCUGGGUCUCCCACUUGAGCGGUUUCAUUUCCCAUGAGACCUGGAUCCGAACACCUAGGGCUCUUUUUCACGACUCCCAGACAAUAAAAGGAACUCAUUAUGAUUUUCAAAC